ACCAUAAAUCACUAAACAAUUGCCCACGCCGUCUAUGCCUAAUAUUUAGCCCAAAAAUCUUGGAAGAAAUUAAAAUUAAGCACUCAUUUUGAACAUAUUAACCAAAAAUCAAAAAAAAUAUGAGAGAUUUCAGUCAAAUUUUCUCUCUUUUUCUUCACUUACUCAUUUUCACUCUAAAUUCCCGACUGGGUAUUUGCAGUUUUCAAAGUUCAUCCUUGGACCCACUUACCCAACAAAAUUUAGACAGAAUUUAUUAUCUUCCUGGCCAGAAUUUUGAUGUGGGGUUUUCACAAUUUUCUGGGUAUAUAACUGUUAAUGAAGAAUAUGGAAGAGCACUCUUUUAUUGGUUCAUUGAAGCUGUUGAAGAUCCUUCUUCAAAACCUCUCCUUUUGUGGCUUAAUGGAGGGCCCGGAUGUUCAUCCAUUGCCUAUGGGGAAGCAGAAGAGCUGGGUCCAUUUCACAUUGAGAAAGAUGGGAAAACACUUUAUAUGAAUCCUCACUCCUGGAACAAAGUUGCCAAUAUUUUAUUUCUGGAUUUUCCUGCUGGUGUUGGCUUUUCAUAUUCCAACACUACAUCUGAUUUGCUAUCUCAUGGAGACAAAAGAACAGCUCAGGACUCCUUGAAGUUUCUGCUGGAGUGGUUCGAACGGUUCCCACACUAUAAGGGGAGAGAAUUUUACAUUUCAGGAGAGAGCUAUGGAGGACAUUAUGUGCCCCAGCUCAGCCAAGCAAUUGUAAGGCACAACUUGGCAAAUAACAAGAAAACGAUUAAUCUGAAGGGUUAUAUGGUUGGAAAUGCCCUGACUGAUGAUUUCUAUGACCACCUUGGCGUUUUCCAAUUUAUGUGGUCAUCUGGAUUAAUCUCUGAUGAAACAUACAAGCUGCUUAACGUAUUCUGCGACUUUGAAUCAUUUGUACACUCAUCAGACAAGUGCAAUGAAAUACUAGAUAUUGCUAGCAAUGAACUUGGAAACAUUGACCCAUAUAGCAUCUAUACCCCCUCUUGUACUGCAAACUCUUCGUUGCCUAACAAGCUACUGAAAAGACUGAUUGGUCACAUCAAUGAAGCAUAUGAUCCAUGUAGUGAGAAGCAUUCAGUUGUAUACUUCAACAAUCCAGAAGUUCAGCAAGCACUACAUGUUAAUCCCAAGUUUGCUCCUAAGAAAUGGGAAACAUGCAGUGAAACGAUAAAUACCAACUGGAAAGAUUCAUCGAGCUCAGUCCUUGACAUAUAUCACGAGCUUAUAAAUGCAGGACUUCGAAUUUGGAUUUUCAGUGGUGACACUGAUGCUGUAAUUCCCGUCACAUCAACAAGAUACAGUAUAGAUGCUCUUAAACUUCCAACUGUUAAGCCUUGGCGUGCCUGGUAUGAUGACGGACAGGUUGGGGGAUGGACACAAGAAUACAAAGGCCUUACAUUUGUGGUGGUGAGGGGAGCUGGCCAUGAAGUCCCUCUACAUCGAUCUAAGCUUUCCCUUACGCUGGCCAAGUCCUUCUUGGCUGGUGAAUCGAUGCCAGCACUGCAUCAAGUCAGUGAUUCUUAAGCACAGCAUUCUGUAGGAGUAACUUUUACGGGUUAUUAUGAUCAGAAAGGAUCUUAACUCUAAAUUGUCUUUCCUUUUCUUAAAACCCUUAUUCACAUGCACUCUAAAUCUAAUUUAUACCCUCAAGCGGGGGAAGAAAGUUCCAAUAAUCAUAUUGAAUAAUAAUUCACCCGCAUCUGUCAAUGACACUGAAUUUAUGUAUGCAAGUGUUUAAUCAAAGCACCAAGUGGGAAACUCACCUUGUGACUUUGAGGUCAUAAGUUCGAGUCCUACCAACUACAAAAAAGUGUUUAAUCAAAGCCUAUUUUGCUGCUGAUUGUGUA